AUGAUUCCGCUCGACCUCUCGACCCUCUCGCUGCGCUACCACUCGCGCCAGCCGCAUGACUACGAGGACGAGCCGCUGAUGGGCGAGCACUACCUCGACGAGGAGAGCGGGAGGAGGAACCGCGUGAAGACGGUCCUCUGGUACGAGAUCGAGUUCCAGGACGAGGGCGGCUGGCUCAUGUUCAUGGACGAGGAGAGUCAAGAGACCCACGAGUUUUCCGGCCUCUUCACCGACCGCGCGCUCCUCAAAGCGCAGUUCUCGCGCGAAGGGACCGGCGUCUGGGGCGCAGAAGUCACCGAGCGCCCUUUCAUCGCUUACAUUGAGGGAAUCCGCGUCGAGCCGGAGUAUCGUGGGCAGGGUGUCGGGAGGUGGGCGCUGGAGAGGCUGCUCGAGGUGAAGGACCCGUACUUCGGGACCGUCGACUUCAUCUUUGCCUGGCCGACGCCGCACCCGAAGGACGCUCCCAAGCGCGACGACCCAAACCGCGAGCAGAUCUGGGACACGCAGACCGCUCGCGCCGUCAAGACUUUCCAGUGUGCUGGCUACCGCCGCGUCGGCACGACCGCCUUCUUCUGCCUCGCGCGCGACCCGAACCACCCUUCGCGCCGUAUCGCGCUCGAGCAGGACGCGCAGUACUCGAAGAACGUGACGAUGAACCAGGAUCAGCUCGUCAAGAUGCUUGCGUUGGGGCAGUUGCCGUGGUGA